UAACUCUCCAAACAAAAGGAGAAGAACCGGUCAAUGAAAGUUCAAAAUGCGUCCUUAACGCUCGAGGCCAACUAGCCGCAAUCCGAGCUGAUCUGCUGCGUCAUGGGAAACCCAACCCACCAUCUCCACCACUCUCCUCACUUUCAACGCUUCACAUAUUCAUUUUCAUAUUCACAUUCAUACAUAUAUAUAUACACACUUAUAUAUAAUACUCCAGGGUUAGAUUUUCGAGCUGGUUUAGUGUUUCUUCACGAGAUUCGCGCCUUUUUCAACCUCUUCAAGUUGUUAAUCCUACUUGCGAUCUCGAAAUUAGUGGUUUUAUGCUUCAACUUCACGAUUUUCCAGCUCUAAAGGUAGUAUUAUGAGCAGUUCAAGCAAUGUUUUAUCAUAGUUUUAAGGGUUUUGAAUACCCAAUUUGCAGCUUUUAAGUUAUCAGAUUUGAAGCAGUUGGUUUUGAGCUGAAUCAGAGGCUAAUCAAUCUUGGAGUUUCCGAUCGAGAUCAAUGCAUUUACCAUCUGGGUAAGCUUCAAAUCCUCUUGUGAAUCUUCACACUUGUUGUAUUCAUCAUGAACUUCAAUGUUGUACAAUUGUGGUGGUUGAGAUUUUUUUUGUCAAUAAUCUAACAAAACCCAUAUGAAUUUUACUUUGAUUAUGUUGAAAUCUUAUGUGGGUUUGAAAAAUUGAAAAUUGUGUAAAUUUUAGUUAUCAAUUAUGAGGAGACCAAGUAUUCCAAAGUUUAGAUUGGGGAGGUUAAUGGGUUUGCUUCAGUUAGUGUUGGGAGGGCUUGUUGUAAUUGUUAGCUGUUUGAGUCUCUUUAGAUUCUAUUCUGCUGGUUUUUUCUAUCACAAUGAAGAUAUAUGCCGCCAUUUCUAUGGCGUCAAGGACGUUUACGAUGGUUUUGAUAUAAGAGCGUUGUCUGCUCGGGUUGGGGAAGUACUUGAUAAGAUGGAGAGCUUGCAAGACAAGCUCGAAUCGACUGUGCAACAGAUGGAAAAGAACAAAAAUGUCAUGGAUAGUGCUAGCAUUUCAAGAGCAGAGUACAAGAAAUUUCUAGAAGAGGAGGUGAUUCGACCUCUUUAUAGUGCUCACAUUGCACUUAGACAGAUUAGGCUGCCCAAAAUUGAAGGGAUUAGAAACAUGACGAUUAAGGAGGAACCUUUGAUUAAUAAUUUUGUGAUUGAGGAGAUUCGGAAGUAUAUAACCCCCAAAGAGAAUAGAAAUGGGAAGAUGAAUAUAUAUGGAACGAAGAGGGUAUACAACACAAUAGGGCAUGCGUGUGUGUUGAUGAAGAAAGAAUUGGAAGAGUACAUGGAUUACGACCUUGGAUCUUACUGUAAAGAUGAUUGGAAUCUUGCUCAGAAGCUUAUGAUUAAUGGGUGCGAUCCGUUGCCCCGAAGGCGGUGCUUGACAAGGGCCUCUAAACUCUACCAGAAGCCUUACUCAAUCAACGAGUCCCUAUGGAAGCUUCCGGAAGGAAGAAAUGUUCGGUGGAGCAAUUAUCAGUGCAGGAACUUUGCGUGCUUGUCGAGUAAGAACCCUAAGAGGGGUUAUUCCAAGUGCAUUGGAUGUUUUGAAAUGGAGAAGGAAACGGUUAAAUGGGUGACUAAUGCUACUCUACCCAUAGAUUUCAUGAUCAAGGAUGUUUUGGCCAUUAAGCCUGGGGAGAUGAGGAUAGGGCUUGAUUUUGGUAUUGGAACGGGGACAUUUGCUGCUCGGAUGAGAGAACAAAAUGUUACGAUCGUCUCAACUGCUCUAAACAUAGGGGCUCCUUUCAGUGAGACAAUUGCACUUAGAGGUUUGAUUCCUCUGUAUAUGACUUUGAAUCAACGUCUGCCAUUCUUUGAUAACACAAUGGACUUGAUCCAUACGACUGGGUUCAUGGACAGUUGGAUUGACCUGCAAUUGAUGGAUUUUAUCUUGUUUGAUUGGGAUCGGGUUUUGAGGCCAGGAGGGUUGCUAUGGGUUGAUCGCUUCUUCUGUAACAGGAAGGAUCUUGAUGAUUACAUGUACAUGUUUCUGCAAUUCAGAUACAAGAAACACAAAUGGGCUAUUUCUCCAAAAUCCAAGGAUGAAGUUUUUCUUUCUGCAUUGUUGGAGAAACCUCCUAGAUCUUUAUGAUCACAUUAUGUGGCUUGCUUUCUUGAAUGUUAUUUAACAAUUUAUAAAUAUACUCGUUUGAUUUUAUCA